AUGGCGCCUGAGCCGCCGGCGGUAAAUCUCAGACCGUUGGACCAUCCCCAUAAUGGUCUCUUGGAGAAAAGUAACUUACCCUUUGUUGAAUACCCUUUUAUUUCAUUGAACAACUCCGGGAAGUCAAAAUCUCAAGGCGUGAUGAACAGUGAACUUUCUCGAAGGGAAGAAGAAAGAAACAACAAAAAUAUUUCCUCAGAAUCAAUCAUGUGUAAUCAAGACUACAAUCUUGAAGCAAAUUAUUCUAGUCAGUUUAAGCUACACCAUAAUAAAUAUUCAAGAAAUACUAAUGAUCCAAUUGAAAGAAACGAAGGUGGGGAUUCUGGGAAUUUCGCGAAUAAUGGUCGCGAAGGUUACAAGAAGGAUAAUUGUGGACAGGUGAACAAGGAGAAGAACAUUGAUGAGGAAACCCUAAGAGAGGAAUCUGUGGAAGCAAGCUUAACCUCUAAUCUUCCACACAACAAGGCCUUAGUUCAUGAACAAGAUACUUUUGAAGUGGAGAGUUCAACAAACUCCUCAUUUUCAUUCAAUCCUAAAGAUGCAGAUGCUCAAGGACAUGGCCAUCACCAAACCUUCAAGAAGCAAGCAAGGGAGGCAAAUCAAGCAGGUAACUGUACUAACUACAACUCUAAUCUCAAUUAUAGUAAUAAUGUCAAUAAUGGCCAUGAUCAUGAAAAUUCCAUGGGAAAGUCACUGGUAGGAAUAGUGUACAAGAGCAGAGGGAGAGCUAGUAGUCAAGGUAAGGGGAAAAUGGUUGAGAGUGAUAAGAAACAAUGGGAGCAAUACGAGAACAUUGAGGCAAGUAACAAGGAACAGAAUCACCAGGAAUAUCAGCAAUACAACAAUAGGCAAGAUCUCUAUCAUAGAGAAUUUCCUAUGAUUUCUAGCAACUUUGAGAGAAGAAGUACUAAUGUUCAAAAUGCUAACGGAAACGUUCCUAACCUCAAUACAAGCUCUUCCAACAAUAAUAAGAAUAGAAAGGAAAAAGAAGGUGACAAGAAAAACAAAAACAAGAAUUCCAACAAAGCAAAAGAACAGGAAGAUAGACUGAGCAAAGGCAAAGACAAUAGAGAACAACAACAACAACAAGGUAAGGACAAUAACAGCAGAGGCAAACAGAAUAGCAAAAAGAGGCAUGGCAAACUCAAAAAAGGAAAAACACAAGACAAGAGGAACAUGCAACUUCAACCACUAUGUGGAAAGCUACUGGAAGAUCAUAAUGCACAAGAAGAGGACAGAGGAAGCAAAGAUCAAAGGGUGGUAGAAGCAACAAACAAGAAAAUAAAAGAAUACACUGCAAAUAGUAGUAAUAUAAUGAACUUCAAGAAUCAACAAGCCAUUGACAAUGCAAUAGCCAACUGCAAUGGUAAAAUAUGGCUUUUUGGAAUGGGGAUGUUGACUGUGUGGUUAAAGAUCAGGAUGAGUAGCAAAUUACCUGAGAUUUCAGCCACAAUGAGCUUCAAAAAUAAUUCACCAUGA